AAUUCAAUAGGACUAGUUUAACUUGUAGCUUGUCCCAUUUAUGUUUCUGUUCUUGAAUAUACUUUGGCGUGUAAACGUAACAAAUAUCAAUUUUUUCUUGAAAAUUUGUGGAUUUUCAGUUGAUAUUACAGACAUCUGUAACGAAGAAGUGACGUUUUCGAUCCACUUUUGUAGGUUAUACUAUUUUUUGAAAAGAAAAUCGUUUAAAAAUUAACAAUAAUGACGUCUAUGGCCAUUAAAACUUUGGGGAAGUUUAUUAAACCUGGAAUUUUUGAUAGGGGUACAGGAGCUCUAUUACCUGAAGCUUAUAAAAAGUUUUACAAAGAAUGGAAAUUGACUGAACCUACGGCUGUUCACUAUAUCCCGGAAGAAGGUAAAUUUAAGAGGGAUGAAGUCACAGGGGAGGUGCGCCCUGUUCAGAAUUAUCCCAUACCUGUAAUUUACCCGAAAGAAUCAAAUGAGCAAAUGUGGGGUGGUGAAGGCAUUGUACAAGGAUUUCAAAUCAGAGAUUGGCGUAGAAGACGUGUCCCUCAUUUCUGGAUGCCCCAUCUCAAACGUUCAGUGGUUUAUAGUGAAGUUUUAGAUAAAUAUAUUUCAGUUGUUGUCACCGAUCGUACUAUUAGCUUGAUCAACGCAAAUUAUGGUUUUGAUCAUUACCUUCUAAAGACACCAGCUUGUGAUUUGAAAUCAAUACUGCCACUGACUUUAAAACGGAAGAUAUUACAAGAGUUAGAAAAAGGAUGUCCCAUUUAUCAAAACAAACCUGACAAACAAAAGGAAGUCUAUAAUAAAUACAAGCAAUAUCUAUCUGCAUUCACUUCUGAGGAAAUAGAAUGGUAUGGAUAUUCUUUUGCUGCCGCUUGUAAAAAAUUGGAGGCUUCAAUAGAAGCACAAAAUAAGCCAAUUCCUCUAAAACAUGUUUAUAGAUCACAAUUAAUUGAAAAACUAAAAGAAGCAGGAAUUAGAGAAGCUACUGAAGACGUAGCUGUCGGGGGUGCAAGUACUUGGCUAAAGAAAAUUAAUCCAUUUGCUAAAGAAACCUAAAUUUUAGUAGUAGCAGUCAUGUUAAAAUAAAUUACAUCUUCAUAGAA